UAAUCAGGCAUUACUUUCUUGACUUCAUCGAGCCGGGUGAAAGGAGGCGACAGCUGAGACCGGGACUUCUCUCGAUUCUGCAGCCUUUUAGACCUUUGGCCGCUUAAGAAAGGGGCAGGGAAGAGGAGCAAAGGAGCGCGCAUCCUGUCCACCGAUUCGCCCCGCCCGCCUGACGAAUCUGCGCCUGUUCGACGCGCCACUCAAAUCUCCCCAGCUCUGGCUGGUCUCCUCCCCUCCUCCCCGCCUCCUUUUCCUGAGGGACUGGUCGCUGCUUUCGUCGUCGCCGAUUCGUCAAGGACCCCAGGCCUGAGCAACUGGAUAUUCAUGGUGAAGCCCACUCUCCAGGGAAUGCGGCCAAUCUCCAAGCUCCCUGAGCUGCAACUCUUGAGCCUUACAAAGCGUCGGCCGAGGCGAAGCUGCUAUCCUCGGCCCCGUGGGUCUCCCGGCGGUGCCCGUAGCGAAAGUGCGAAUAUAUACGCAGCGCUCGCUGGGCCUCGCGCAGGUGGCGGUGGUGUUUGGUGCGGGCGCCGGGGAGGUGGUGGUGGGGGGCGCCGCCACCGCCACCACUGCGGGGCCGGGUUUCGCGCUGCCGCCGCCGUUGCCGCCGCCUCGCGCAGCUGAGGUGCCGCGCGGGGUGGGGGGAGGGGGAGCCGCUCGCCGCUCGCGGUGUAAAUGAGCAAAGAUGGAUCAGGAAGGUGGGGGAGAUGGGCAGAAGGCCCCGAGCUUCCAGUGGCGGAACUACAAGCUCAUCGUGGAUCCUGCCUUGGACCCUGCCUUGCGCAGACCUUCUCAAAAGGUGUACCGCUAUGAUGGAAUUCACUUCAGUGUCAACGACUCAAAGUAUAUACCAGUUGAAGACCUCCAAGAUCCCCGUUGCCAUGUCAGGUCCAAAAAUAGAGAUUUUUCCCUCCCAGUCCCUAAGUUUAAGCUGGAUGAGUUCUAUAUCGGACAGAUCCCACUGAAGGAAGUGACUUUCGCAAGACUGAAUGACAACGUGCGAGAGACCUUCCUGAAGGAGAUGUGCCGAAAGUAUGGUGAGGUGGAAGAGGUAGAGAUCCUUCUUCAUCCCCGUACUCGCAAGCACCUGGGCCUGGCCCGCGUGCUCUUCACUAGCACUCGGGGAGCCAAGGAAACAGUCAAAAACCUCCACCUUACCUCCGUCAUGGGCAACAUCAUCCAUGCCCAGCUUGACAUCAAAGGACAACAACGAAUGAAGUACUAUGAAUUGAUAGUCAAUGGCUCCUACACCCCUCAGACAGUGCCCACGGGGGGCAAAGCCUUGAGUGAGAAGUUCCAGGGCUCUGGUGCAGCCACUGAGAUGUCUCUCCAGACUGAAUCCCGCCGCCGCUCCUCCUCCGACACAGCUGCCUACCCAGCAGGCACUGCUGUGGUGGGCACUCCUGGCAAUGGCACCCCCUGCUCCCAGGAAACAAGCUUCUCCAGCAGCCGACAAGACACCCCAUCUUCCUUUGGCCAGUUCACUCCUCAGUCCUCUCAAGGAACCCCCUAUACGUCUCGGAGCAGCACCCCUUACUCUCAGGACUCUGCCUACUCCAGCAGCACCUCUUCAACCUCCUUCAAGCCCCGGCGGUCAGAAAACAGCUACCAAGAUUCCUUUUCCCGCCGCCACUUCUCUGCACCCUCAGCCCCCACAACCACCUCUGCAGUCAUCUCUGCCAGCACUGCAGCCACCGCCUCAUCCUCUUCCUCUUCCUCCUCAUUGUCUUCGUCCUCCUCGUCGUCCUCUUCUUCAUCCUCUCAUUUUCGUGGUACUGACUCAAACUACCCUGCGUAUUACGAAAGUUGGAAUCGCUACCAACGCCAUGCUUCCUACCCACCCCGUCGGGCAACUCGGGAGGAACCCCCUGGGGUUCCUUUUGCUGAAAAUACAGCUGAGCGUUUCCCACCUUCCUACACCUCCUACUUGCCCCCUGAGCCCAGCCGGCCCACUGACCAGGACUAUCGGCCUCCUGCCUCAGAGGCUCCACCCACCGAGCCUCCAGAACCUGGUGGAGGUGGGGAUGUGGCAGCGGCCAGUCCUGAGAGAGAUGAAUCUCGGACCUCCCCACGCCCAGCCUCACCCGCCCGUUCCGGCUCCCCAGCCCCAGAGGCCACCAAUGAGAGUGUGCCCUUCGCUCAACACAGCAGCCUGGAUUCCCGCAUCGAGAUGUUGCUGAAGGAACAGCGCUCUAAGUUUUCUUUCCUGGCCUCCGACACAGAGGAAGAGGAAGAAAACAGUACCCCAGGCCCUGGGACUAGGGACACAGGGAGUGAGGUGCCUUCUGGAUCAGGUCAUGGGCCUUGCACACCCCCUCCAGCCCCAGCUAAUUUUGAGGAUGUGGCACCUACAGGUGGGGAACCAGGGGCUACAAGGGAGUCUCCCAAGGCCAACGGACAGAACCAGGCUUCUCCAUGCUCUUCUGGAGAGGACAUGGAGAUCUCCGACGAUGACAGGGGUGGCUCACCCCCUCCGGCCCCAACACCCCCCCAACAGCCUCCCCCUCCACCUCCCCCACCCCCUCCCUACCUAGCUUCCCUUCCCCUUGGUUAUCCUCCCCACCAGCCUGCCUACCUCCUCCCACCCCGACCUGAUGGGCCACCACCCCCUGAGUACCCCCCACCUCCUCCACCCCCACCUCACAUCUAUGACUUUGUGAACUCCCUGGAGCUCAUGGAUCGACUAGGGGCUCAGUGGGGAGGGAUGCCCAUGUCCUUCCAGAUGCAGACCCAGAUGUUAACUCGGCUCCACCAGCUGCGGCAGGGCAAGGGAUUGACUGCCGCCUCGCCUGGUCCUCCUGGUGGGGCCUUUGGGGAGGCCUUCCUUCCAUUCCCACCCCCACAAGAGGCAGCCUAUGGCUUACCCUAUGCUCUGUACACGCAAGGGCAAGAAGGCCGAGGGGCAUACUCCCGAGAGGCCUACCACCUGCCUUUGCCCAUGGCAGCUGAGCCCCUGCCCUCCUCUUCAGUCUCCGGAGAAGAGGCCCGGCUGCCUCCCAGGGAGGAAGCAGAGCUGGCAGAGGGCAAGGCGCUACCAACAGCAGGCACUGUGGGCCGUGUGCUGGCCACCCUAGUCCAAGAGAUGAAGAGCAUCAUGCAACGAGACCUCAACCGCAAGAUGGUGGAGAAUGUGGCCUUUGGAGCCUUUGACCAGUGGUGGGAGAGCAAGGAAGAGAAGGCCAAGCCAUUCCAGAAUGCAGCCAAACAGCAAGCCAAGGAGGAGGAUAAAGAGAAGACAAAGCUCAAAGAGCCAGGCCUGCUAUCCCUCGUUGACUGGGCCAAGAGCGGGGGUACCACAGGCAUCGAGGCCUUUGCCUUUGGGUCAGGGCUGCGAGGGGCCCUGCGGCUGCCUUCUUUCAAGGUAAAGCGAAAAGAGCCUUCGGAGAUCUCAGAGGCCAGUGAGGAAAAGAGGCCCCGACCUUCCACUCCAGCUGAGGAAGAUGAAGAUGACCCUGAGCGAGAGAAGGAAGUUGGAGAGCCAGGACGUCCAGGGACCAAGCCCCCAAAGCGAGAAGAAGAGCGAAGCAAGACCCAGGGCAAACAUCGCAAAUCCUUUGCUCUGGACAGUGAAGGGGAGGAAGCAUCUCAGGAGUCCUCCUCAGAGAAGGAUGAGGAGGACAAUGAGGAAGAUGAGGAAGAUGAAGAGCAUGAGGAAGCCAUGGACGCCGUAAAGAAGGAGACAGAAGCUUCAGAUGGCGAGGAUGAGGAAAGCGAUUCGUCCUCCAAAUGUUCUCUGUAUGCUGACUCAGAUGGUGAAAAUGAUAGCACAUCGGACUCCGAGAGCAGCAGCUCAUCCAGCUCCUCAUCUACAUCUUCUUCCUCCUCCUCCUCCUCCUCCUCCUCAUCUGAGUCCUCCUCUGAAGAAGAGGAAGAGGAGCAACCAGCAACCAUUCUGUCAGCAUCACCACCCCCCAGAGACGUUCCUGCCCCACUGCCGGCACCUGCGGAGGAGCCUGAGCCAGAGAGGGUUGUAGGCUCCCCAGUCACACCUCUCCCUGUACAGGAGGAGUCUCCAGCAAGACCUGUAGGUUCCACACAGCCUCCUGCCAGUGUGCCCCAGACUCCCCCAGAGCCACCGGCAGGGCCCCCAGUUUCCACCCCCCGCGCCAAUGAGCAUCCCUCCUCUCCUAUCCCCCUCCUGCCCCCACCCAAGAAACGCCGGAAAACUGUCUCCUUCUCUGCUGUGGAGGAGGCGCCAGCCUCAGACCCUCCCCCAACUGCCCUGCCACAGGUCAGGUCCCUUGGUCCUGUUUCCCGCAAAGUCCCCCGGGGUGUGGAGCGGACCAUUCGCAACCUGCCCCUGGACCACGCGUCUCUGGUCAAGAGCUGGCCCGAGGAGGUGUCUCGAGGAGGUCGGAGCCGGGUUGGAGGCCGAGGCCGCACCACUGAGGAAGAAGAGGCUGAGCCAGGGACAGAAGUGGACCUGGCAGUGCUGGCUGACCUGGCAUUGACCCCCGCCCGGCGAGGGCUGGCCACCCUGCCUGUAGGCCACGAAUCAGAGGCCACAGAGACAUCGGACAAGGCCGACCGUCCAGGUCCCCUGCUCAGCCACGUCCUCCUGGAGCACAACUACGCCCUGGCCAUCAAGCUGCCACCCGCAGCACCAGCCCCAAGGCUGCUGGAGCCAGUUCCCGCUCCUGCGGCGCUGUUCAGCUCCCCAGCGGACGAAGUCCUGGAGGCCCCCGAGGUGGUGGUGGCUGAGGCAGAGGAGCCCAGGCCUCCGCGGCCGCGGCAGGAGACAGGGGCGGAGUCGUCAGACAGCGGCACCAGUGGCGAUAGUGCAGGCGCCCGAAGACGCAGCCUCCGCUCCCAUGCCCGGCACCACCGGCCAGCCCUGCCCCCGCCACCCACCUUUGAGCCGCGCAGCGAGUUUGAGCAGAUGACCAUUCUGUACGACAUUUGGAACUCGGGCCUGGACUUAGAGGAUAUGAGCUACCUGCGUCUCACGUACGAGCAGCUUCUGCAGCAGAUGAGCGGGGCUGACUGGCUCAAUGACACCCACUGGGUCCAUCACACCAUCACCAACCUGAGCACUCCAAAACGCAAGCGGCGGCCCCAAGACGGCCCCCGGGAGCACCAGACAGGCUCAGCCCGCAGCGAAGGCUAUUACCCCAUCAGCAAGAAGGAAAAGGACAGGUACCUGGAUGUGUGCCCUGUCUCUGCUCGGCAGCUAGAAGGAGUAGACACGCAGGGAACUAACCGUGUGCUUUCGGAGCGCCGGUCUGAGCAGCGGCGGCUACUGAGUGCUAUCGGCACCUCAGCCAUCAUGGACAGUGAUCUGCUAAAGCUAAACCAGCUCAAGUUCCGGAAGAAGAAGCUCCGAUUUGGCCGAAGCCGGAUCCACGAGUGGGGUCUGUUUGCCAUGGAACCCAUUGCAGCUGACGAGAUGGUCAUCGAAUAUGUGGGUCAGAACAUCCGCCAGAUGGUGGCAGACAUGCGGGAGAAGCGCUAUGUGCAGGAGGGCAUUGGCAGCAGCUACCUGUUUCGGGUGGACCAUGACACCAUUAUUGACGCUACCAAGUGCGGCAACCUGGCAAGGUUCAUCAACCACUGCUGCACGCCCAACUGCUACGCCAAGGUGAUCACCAUCGAAUCCCAGAAGAAGAUUGUGAUUUACUCCAAGCAGCCCAUUGGUGUGGAUGAGGAGAUCACCUAUGACUACAAGUUUCCACUGGAGGACAACAAGAUCCCGUGUCUGUGUGGCACUGAGAGCUGCCGCGGCUCCCUCAACUGAGGUGGGCAGGACUGGUGCCCACACCCCUAUUUAUUCCCCUUGGUGCCCUGAGCUCCCAGCCCUUCAGCCUUAGUGGGCUCUUCAAGGCCCACAUGCCCCAUCUCCAAAUAUGGGGUUGAGGGCCCCCUGAGCCCGGCAAGGGAGCCUCAGUCUCUUGAGGCAACUUCUGCCUCCCCUGUCCUCUCUGCCCACCCAACUCCUAAUUUUUUUUCUUUGCGGAGAAGAAGCUGUAAAUGUUUUGUAGCUGCCAGCAGCUGUUUCCUGUGGAAACCUGGGGUGCCAGCCUGUACAGAUCCUGUUCUUAGGGGGCUGCACAGCCUCCUUGCUUUGUGUUAAUGGGGACUUCCCCUUUGUGCCCUGUGUGCACCCCUCCCCGGUUUAGGGGUCUCUAGGGGCAGUGGCCAUGUUCUCCCCCUUGGGGGGCCUGUGCCCCCAAGUCCUGGGGCCUCCAUGCCUGGAACCCUGCCUCACCUUCUGUUCCUGCCAGACCCUGUGGGUCCCCCUUGCACCCUAGUGUCUGGGAGCUCUGGCACAGCCAGGCCAGGACGGUUGGGGGCCGGCAUUUCCUGUUGGGCUGGAUUGUACAUAUGUCAAUAGUGCAAACCCAACGCCACAUUUUUAUAAUUGUGAUUAAACUUUAUUGU